GGCUGCUCUUCAACUCGAGUGUGCUGCCGAUUGUAAUAUAAAAAAAUAACAUCCAUGGAUUUCGAGCUCUACACGUCAACCGAGCAGAGCUAUGCGGUGACGAAGCAGGCUAUAUACGACCCCACUGUUGUAGCAGAGUCGACUUGAUGGUGUACGCGCGUUGUGUACACAAGGUGGCGGGGCACAGAACUCGCGGUCAUGCCAUGACAGCAUCAGAAAACUAGGCCUCUCCUAGGAUUUACGAGAACACCAGAGUGAGCGACGGAAGAGGCCUUCCCACCGCCAUAGCCCCAGGGGAGAACCUGCUGCGUCAGCGUGUAUUCCUCUAUUCUUCGACGUGGGUACUGCACCCUUGCCAACGAAAUUAACUACUAAGCGGCUCUCCAAGCGCCUGAUACUUCAACAGACUGAAGAAAAGGUGGGGAGGCAUAUCCUUUCUGAGCGUUGAAGUAGAAGAAGAAGAAGAAGAAGAAGAAGAAGAAGAAAAGGCGGGACCGUCGGUGUUGUCUUCUAGGGGAAGCUCUGAGUGUAUACUGGAAAGGUACUAUUUGAAGAUGGCUGCCCUUUAUUGAAUUAGAACAUCCUUGGUAAUGGACCACAAAGACAAGUCUGAACAAGGAGAAAUUACACAAGUUCUGAUUGAGUUUUUGGAGGUUGCUAUCAACUCUAUUGUCUUCCUUAAAGGGAUUUAUCCUCCUGGUGCAUUUGAGAGGCAUCGCUACAUGAAUGUUGCUGUUCAAAGGGCUCGUCAUCCUCAACUCCAUGAGUACAUCCAUUUUGCAGUGUCCAGCUUACGACCUUUCUUACAAAAGGGAUUGGUGGAGAGAGUUGUUGUCAUUUUUUACAAUAAGGAUCACGUGCCUGCCGAGAAAUUUGUUUUCAAGCUCUCUUUCAACCAAUCGUCCAAUUUGGGGGAAUCAACAGGUCUGGGGUUUGCUCUGAGGUCCUUCCUGGUAAAACUUUCGGUGGCUGAACCAGUUACAAGGGCUCUACCAGUUGAUUGCCGGUGGGAAAUUACUGCCUACUUUCAUUCCUUACCUUGUGUCGAGAACGAUAGUAAGGAAGCACAGAUGUGGGUUCCUACGGACACGAAGCACUGGCAACAUCCACCAAUUAUUACACCGAUCAAGUCAAUGAAUAGUGAGCUGAUGAACUUACAGCUAUACCUAGAGCAUCCACAGCCGACAGAAUGAUAAUACUUUGCUUUAAUUCCCCGUAAGCUCAUCAGCUAAUGUUUCCUAUAUUGGCAAAAGGUAUGACUUUGAGAAAGCCAGCAAGCAAACACCAACCAGGUUGGUCUGAGCUCGAAUCCAAAUUAGUCGUGAAUGAAGCCUUUAUGUAUAUGUGAAAGAAUCUAUGAUGAUCUGGUGAUUCUGCUUCCAAAUCUCUCUGCCACUGCUUCAAACUUUCAUUUUAGAUCAAGCAAACAGUCUUUGAUGAAACUUGGGUUUUAAGUUGCUCGAUAAUUUUCGCUCAACAGAAGCAGCUAGAUGCGAAAGGUUAAAGAAUCUCUUGAUGAAUGAUUCGGCAAUUCUGGUCCUUUGAGAAUUGUUGGAUUGCCUGGUUCAAAUGAUUACGAUAAAGGUUGACGGCAGGUACGUAAAAAAACAAUGUUUAAAAUUUAUGUGGACUAGUAGAUGUUUCCAAGAUGGUUGAACAGAGUGUUAAUCCA